CUAAACAGCCGAGUAGAGAUGAGGAGGGACAGCCCGCAGGCAAUCACUGCGGUGACGGCGGCGAGGCGACCAUAUAUAUCCACCCCCAGGCAGGGAGGCAAAGGCAAGGCAACCAGCCGGGCGCAGAAACAAACCGCCGCCGACGCCUCUGCUGCCUCUUUCACACAGAGCACUAGCAGUGGUGACUGCACCCGUUGGGUUGGCAUGGCCAUCCCGCUCCAGGGGAAGGACGGCAAGGGCGGCGGCGGCGGCCAGGUGGGGGCGGGCGACGACCAGCCGUCGGUGGCGGCGGAGCUCCGCGCGCUGUGGGGCAUGGCGGCGCCGAUCACGGCGCUCAACUGCGUGGUGUACCUGCGCGCGCUGGUGUCCGUGCUCUGCCUCGGCCGCCUGGGCCCGCUGGACCUCGCCGGCGGCGCGCUCGCCAUCGGGCUCACCAACAUCACGGGCCACAGCGUGCUCUUCGGCCUCGCGUCGGGGCUCGAGCCGCUCUGCGCGCAGGCCUUCGGCUCCCGCAACCACGACCUCCUCACCCUCUCCCUCCAGCGCGCCAUGCUGCUGCUCUUCCUCGCCGCGCUCCCCAUCGCGCUGCUCUGGCUCAACGUCGGCCCCAUCCUCGUGGCGCUCGGCCAGGACCCCACCAUCUCCGCCCCCGCCGCCGCCUACGCGCGCUUCGCGCUCCCGGACCUCGCCGCCAGCGUCGUGCUCCAGCCGCUCCGGGUGUACCUCCGCUCCCAGGGGAUCACCAGGCCCAUGGCGGCCUGCUCCGCGAUCGCCGUCGCGCUCCACGUCCCGCUCAACGUGCUCCUCGUCUUCGGCCUCGGCUUCGGCGUCCGCGGCGUCGCCGCCGCGCAGGCGCUCACCAACACCAACAUGCUGCUCUUCCUGCUCGCCUACAUCCACUGGGCGCGCGCCUGCGACGACACGUGGAGGGGGUGGGCGCGCCCCGCCGCGGUCGCCAGCGGCCUGCCCGGGCUCGCCAGGCUCGCCGUGCCCAGCUGCGUCGGCGUCUGCCUCGAGUGGUGGUGGUACGAGGUCGUCACCGUGCUCGCCGGCUACCUGCCCAACCCCGCCGCCGCCGUCGGCGCCGCGGGGGUGCUCAUCCAGACCACCAGCCUCAUGUACACCGUGCCCAUGGCGCUCGCGGCCUGCGUGUCCACCAGGGUGGGCAACGAGCUGGGCGCCGGCAAGCCCCGGCGCGCGCGGAUGGCGGCGAUGGUGGCGCUGUGGUGCGCGCUGGCGAUCGGCGCGGUCCACGUGGCGUGGACGGCGGCGCUGAGCCGGCAGUGGGUGGAGCUGUUCACGACGGAGCGGGCGGUGGUGCGGCUGGCGGCGGCGGCGAUGCCCAUCCUGGGGCUGUGCGAGCUGGGCAACUGCCCGCAGACCACGGGGUGCGGCGUGCUCCGCGGCACGGCGCGGCCGGCCGUGGGCGCCCGCAUCAACCUCCUCUCCUUCUACCUGGUGGGCACCCCCGUGGCGGUGUACCUGGCGUUCGGCGCCCGCGCCGGGUUCAGCGGCCUCUGGUUGGGGCUCCUCUCGGCGCAGGCCACCUGCGUGGCGCUCGUGCUCGCCGCCGUCGUGUGGCGCACCGACUGGCAGGUCGAGGCACUCCGCGCCAAGAAGCUGGCGGGCCUGGAGCUCACGACCACCGCCGCCGCCGAGGAGAGCAAGCGCCUCGUCGCCGCCAACGGCGAGCCGGCGGAGGACGUCUAGUCCAUUUUCUGCUACUCGCUCUGCGUCGUGUGGUGGCAGACGCUGGGACAUCGAUCCCAGUCGUCGUCGUAGCUUUAGCUUUAGAUUUUAGGGGUAGCUGGUGGAGAGAGCGCUGCGUUGCACUACUAGUAUUGAUUUGCUACGCGGUGGUGGUGGCCGUCGCCGCUUCGCCACUAGCAUGCAGAUGCAGCGGAUGGGAUCGGAAGAUGAUGCAUGGGAGCAAGUGGUUGCCGUGGUGAUGGAUCGUAAUCCGGACCCCUCUUCUGUUUGAGUGGCUUUGCGCAAAUAAAGCCGCUUUCUGAUAUUCCCCUUUUGGGAGGACAGCGCCGUCGCCUUCGUCGCGCGCGGCCUCUCCAUCGGCUCCGGUUACGUUUCAGAGCUUGGGUGUCCUCUCGCAAAGAUGGCGGCGGCCGGCGGCAUGCGGCCCCGCCCGACGGCAAGAGGGGGCUGGUUACGCGUCCACGUCGUCGGGUCCGCUCCCGGCGAUGACGACAAGGCCAUGCACCGCACGUAUGGUCGUGGCGCAAGCAGGCUAGCUGAGUGGAUGAUCCGGCCCGGGCGCCCGGCACGUACCUGUCAGCAGGCGUGUGUGUGCAGGUUGCUGGUGUGCACGGAGACAGACAACUUCACGAUCUGUCAGGUGCUGGUGCCAUGACGGACGACGUCUCACAAGAUCCACUACAAAAUGAAACACACACUGUGCAGGGCGUCACACGGACGGAUCAAAAGUCUGGAGAUUGUGGAUGUCCCUUUCUGCGCAUGCCGCCGCGUCCACCAAAGGUUGCAAUCAGGGUUGCUGCUGUGCUGCGCGGAAAGUACUCAAGAUUUGAGGAUAAUCAUGUACGUGCUAUAACU